AUGGCGACGAUUGCUGCUACCUGCGGUCGCAGUCUACCAGCAUUCGUCCUCGUUACAACUCUUCUAUAUAAGAAAGUCGAGAAGCGCAAAGACGAGGUUCUCAGACUCGAUGAUACGGAGAAGAAAUCGAGGAGAGAGAAGAAUGGGAAGAAACCGGAAUUUGAGAAUGGCUAUGAGGAAUCGGUCGGGGCUCAUGUGGCGAAAGAAGGGCCUAAAGAUAUUGGUCGAAUCGGGAUGGAAGAUAAAACGAAAGUUCAAUUUGACCCAAAUAAGUUUGUAAAGGCUACAGAUGAAGAAAAGGAAACGACUGAGACUGGAACUGAAGUUAAGGAGGGAGAUCGGGAGCUGGAAAAUUUGGCGAAAGGAAGCAAUUUGAAAUUUCCGAGAUGUAACGAAGGGGGGAAAGUGGAAGUACCAACGCAAGAAAAAGCCGUGAUAGAGAAAGGAAUUGAAGAGUUGGUAGAAGUUAACGAAGAUAAUGAGCAUUGCCAGGAGGCAGAAAAAACAGAGGCGGAUUUAACUGAGAGAGCAUUAAAAGCCAUGAAGAUGUGCAUGAAUAAUGGAAGUGAGGCAGAUUCUAAUGAGACAGACGCGAAUUAUGCUACAAAACAAACUGAAAAGGCAAAAGGAAAAUCAACAGAGGGAAUAGUGGGAACAGAGAGUGGGCAAGAAGAUGGACGAAUAGAAAAAGCAAUAGAAAUGAUUAAGAUGGGUGAAAAUGCUGAUGAUGAGGAGGACAAGGAAAAUACGGAUGAACUCAACGGUGUGAAAGCCCUUGAUAAGAAGAAGGAAGUGGAGAAUGAAGAAUUCAAAAUAGCUGAGAAAAAAGUUACUAGCACAAUAGAGGUGCCAAUGGAUACCGUUGAGUUGACUGGAAAGGAAGAAGGUAAAGAGAACUUAGAUAAGACAGCUGAAGUGGAAGAGGUAAAGCUAUUUGAGGUGACAGGAGGAGGAGAUGGAGGUUUGGAGGAUAAAGAGUCAAAAGUAAAGCAAAAUGGGGUUGAACCCAAGGAGGUAGUGAUAGACCCCAUCGAGAUCAAUGAAGAAGUAGAAGGCGAAGAGAACUUCAUUGAUAAAGUUGAGGUGGAGAUCAAAUCAGAUGCGACAACAAAGGCGGAACCAAAGGAAAAGCAGUUAGAAGAAAGUGGCAAACAAGAGGUUAGUGUCACUUAUGAAGAAAUGGAAAUUUUUGAGAUGGAUGAAAAUAAGAAGGGUAAAGAAAGCUCAAGCGCGAUAGUCUGGACUGAAGCGGUGCAACCAGUUUGGGAGGAGGGAUUACCAAGGGAGGAAGAAUCGGAAAUGGAGAUGAGGCAUUGCCACGAAGAAGUGGACGUAAAGGAAGAGACAUCUGUUAGUAGGAAGAAGUCAGAAACUAAUAAAGCUGAAUUGAUUGAUAAGGCGCAGCCGCAGGAAAUUGAACCCGGUGAAGAGUUAUUGGUGAAAAUUGAGGUAGGUGAAUUGCCUGAGUUGAAGCUUGAGGAGGAAGAAGUGGAAGUUGACAAAUUUCAGGAGCUGGACGUGGGGAUGCAAUUAAAGAGAGAUGUGGAAAGUCAAAACGAGAUGGGUGAAGAGGAAAGUGUGAAUAAAAGACCAACCAGGCAGCAAGAGUGCAAAAGAGACAAAACGGCGGCAAAGUUUAUUUUACCAGCGGAAGUACAAACUGCGGAGCUCGUUAUGAACACGACGGCAGCGGAGGAGGAGGAGGCAGAGCACAACAGCGAUUUAGUGUGA